GAUUGAGCAAUUAAAAUAAACUGUCAGAUAUUUUUAAAACAUUCUCAAACAUUUUCACCUAUAAGUUUAUAACUGUCCAUCUUCUCCAGUCAGUGUCCGGUAACAGCGCAGACGGCAGCAAUUAAGUGUCCUCCCUUAAUCAGAAAGCUUGAUUCAGUGCAAGCAGCUAUCUGCAGUAGCAGCAGUACAUUACAGGAUGACGGAUGAUAAAGAAACUGCUAACAUAAAAGCCCGACUGAUACAAGCGAAAUAUGAGCAAAUUUCCCGUAAAACGUUAACCCGGCCGAUCGAACAAUCAAAUUCCAAAAGUUCACCAAAUCUAGUUAGCUCCGAAUUAGCCGUCAGCAGUAGCAGUGCACAGUUUCCCAGGAUUCACACUAUUGUGGAGGAUUCCAGUGAAGCGGAUGUGGCGCUCACACCUGCGUCUGUUUCCGCUGUUCCGUCAGCAACGAAAUCCCUUACAAAAUCCGUUAGCAGUAAGAAAAGCACCGAAUCGCGUGGAGCAGCCGAUGAACCAGUUGAUCCUCGCAUUGUGGAAGAAAUCACCAAACUGAACGAUGCCGCCACCACCACCAACACACUGCAGCUCCAACUGCAAAUUCUGGAGGAGAAAAACGCUGCCACCAUGACCGUCCUAAAUGGGGAUCUGCGAAAACUAGAACAACAACUCGGACGCUGUGUCACGGAAGCGGCACCGUAUUACGAAGCCAAAAAGGAACUGAAGCAGGCCGAAGCCGCGCUGCAGACGGCGACGUUCAACUAUGCCCGAGCCCGCGCUCGAUUUGUCUUUUAUAAAGAGCAGGUCGCUAAGCUGGAAUCCGAUUUAAUAAAACAGGGUGGGACGAUGCAGUUGGGUCCACUGAGUUUGCUAAACGCUCUGACAGCCAACGUUACAGAAUGUCAACAGGACAUCCGGCAGAAACAGAGAGAACAUGCGGAUGCCACAGAAAAGCAGCGGGUCCUAACCGAGAAAAUAAAAAAGCUGGAGAAAGAUUACCGGCAUUCUAUUAUGGAUGCGCGCCCGUACUAUAAGCUGAAGGACCGGAUGACCUAUGUCAACAAUGAUGACCGGCAGCGCGCCACCCAGUUACGCACGUCCAUUGCCCAGGCGAAAAAUGUCUACCUCUCCGCCACCGAGAAACUCCAGAAUAUUAGCAAAGAAAUUCACAGUCGCAGGCAAAACACACCUAUACCGGAAGACGAAUCAGUUGUGGAGAACAAACUCAGCGAGGCAUACUCCAUGUCGUCACUGGCAAAGAAAUCGGACGCCUCCGUCACUAACGAAAGCCAUUUUGUCGAGAAAACGUUUGAUAACACACCCACACAUGAGCUAUAAUUUUUCUGAAAUGCUUGUUUUCUCAACCAGCAGUUUUUAAAAAUAUUGGGAGUGAAUAAUUCAAAUUUCUUGCCUUAUUUUUAUGCUGCGGAAACGGUAAAACUAACUGUCUUCGUUAUUAUAUCUGCUAUACGACUUACGAGUGUAGUGUGACUCCGGAGUCUUGACAUUAUUCACAGAACAAAAUUUAAUGCAGAUUCC